AGAAAGUCAGAGAGGGAGGGCUUUGGAAGUGCGUGAGCGGAGCGCACACGCAGAGAACAGAGAGGGAGGGCGCGAGAGCAGCAGAGGAGCGCGAGCGCUUGAAGGAUCGCUUCUGUCCCGUCCGCGUUUCGGUCCGGGAGACUUAACGGCGUCCGCGCGCGCGCUCUGGGACUGUUUUAUGUUGUUGCUGUCGAGAGAGACGGAGCCGCACUCCAGCAUGCUCACUGAGCCUGAGCUACCUCAGGAGUGUAACAGGAUGUCUUCCAAGCGACCAGCCUCUCCAUAUGGGGGGACAGAUGGAGAGGUAACCAUGGCAACCAGCAGACAGCGAGUGGAGGAUGAGGAAAACGAAGGACUGGGCGGUGUCAUCCACCUCCCUUUGGCCUCCUACUGUGGCAAGGUGUCCCCUCGCUCACCCUCAAACCGAAAUUUGGAGAGCCCUGCCAACACGGAGCAUGACAGCACCAAGGGAAGCUCCCUGAGUCCUUACCCUCAGCACAAUGCUACCUCACCGGGUAAAGAGGAGGGCGUUGGCGGGGGACGCCCCUGCAGCGACGGGGGCUUCGGCGUGGGACCCCUCGGGACCCCUGAGAGGCGAAAGGGCAGCCUGGCGGACGUGGUGGACACACUAAAGCAACGCAAGAUGGAGGAGCUGAUCAAAAACGAGCCAGAAGUGAGAGGCUGUUGUCAAAGGACUGGAAGGAUAAACUUUUGGCCAUGGGCUCAGGGCACAUCGGAGAAAUCAAAGGUACCCCAGACAGCCUGGCGGAGAAAGAGCGCCAGCUAAUGGGCAUGAUCGGCCAGCUGAGCAGCCUGAGGGAGCAGCUCCUGGCGGCUCACGAAGAGCAGAAGAAGCUCGCCGCCUCGCAAAUGGAGAAGCAGAGGCAGCAGAUGGAGCUAGCCAAGCAGCAGCAAGACCAGAUUGCCCGGCAACAGCAACAACUCCUGCAGCAGCAACACAAAAUCAACCUCCUGCAGCAGCAAAUCCAGCAGGUCCAGGGCCAGCUCCCUCCCCUGAUGAUCCCCGUCUUUCCUCCGGACCAGCGGACGCUGGCGGCGGCGGCGGCCCAGCAGGGCUUCCUCAUGCCCCCGGGGUUCAACUACAAACCCGGCUGCAGUGACCCCUACCCGCUCCAGCUCAUCCCCACGACAAUGGCUGCCGCCGCCGCCGCCACGCCCGGCCUGGGACCCCUGCAGCUGCAGCAGUUGUACGCGGCUCAGCUGGCGGCCAUGCAGGUUUCCCCGGGAGCCAAACAGCAGCACGGGGGCAACCUCCCGCCCCAAGCCAACCUGGGCGCGCACUCCCCGCCCACCAACACACACCCACAGAGCGACAAGAGCCGCAGCUCUCCGCCUCCAAACAAGACCAAGGACAGUGAGGGUGCACAGCCACUGAACCUGUCGGCCAGGCCUAAGCCAACCGAGAGCAAGUCACCCAACUCCCCCCCAACUUCCCCACAGGUCCCUGCUGCUGCCGCUGCUGCCACCAAGCUGGGCCCCAUCAGCUCCAUGAAGCACAGCGCCCCCUCAAGCAUCGGAGGACCGCCCAGCAGAGUCAGCUCCAUAGCAGAUUUGCUAUCGUCACUGUCCUCAUCGGCGUACAUGAACGACCACGAGGCGGUGACCAAAGCCUUCGUGGAGGCUCGGCAGAUGAAGGAGCAGCUGAAAAGAGAGCAGCAGGUCCUGGACGCCAAGGUGGCAGCCGUCAGCAACCUCGGCCUCAACAACGGCCGCUCGGACAAGGACAAAGCUGCCUUGGAGAGCUUGAGUCAGCAGCUGAAGCAGCAGGCCGAGGACAAGUUCAGCCACGCCAUGCUCGACUUCACCAUGAGCGGAGACUCUGACGGCUCCCCCAGCGUGUCGGACUCCAGGAUAUUCCGAGAGUCUCGGGGUCGGAGUAACAACGAGCCGCACAUCAAACGGCCGAUGAACGCCUUCAUGGUCUGGGCCAAGGACGAGAGACGGAAGAUUCUGCAGGCCUUCCCAGACAUGCACAACUCCAACAUCAGCAAGAUCCUGGGCUCCCGCUGGAAAGCCAUGACUAAUCUGGAGAAGCAGCCUUACUAUGAGGAGCAGGCUCGGCUCAGCAAGCAGCACCUGGAAAAAUACCCCGACUACAAGUACAAGCCGCGGCCCAAGCGCACCUGCCUGGUGGACGGCAAAAAGCUGCGCAUCGGCGAGUAUAAGGCCAUCAUGAGGUCCCGCCGACAGGAAAUGAGGCAAUACUUCAGCGUAGGGCAGCAAGGCCAGCUGCCCCUAUCCUCUGCAGGAGUGGUCUACCCCGGUGCCCUAACCAUGGCAGGAAUGCCCUCCCCUCAGAUGCCCUCAGAGCACUCGAGCAUGUCCAGCAGCCCCGAACCCAAUUCCAACCACCACCCCAACCCCAACCUGGCGGGCCUGAAGGGGGACGAGCCCCGAAUCAAGGAGGAGGAGCUCCGGCUCGACGACAGCAACGGUGACGCGUACGACGACUUCGACUACGAGGACGAAGAGGCGGACUAUGCCAGUGAUAACGAGAACCACAUCACCCAAUAGAAACCCGAGUGUCGCUGGUUGAGAUCCCCAAACCCCCACCAAUCAGGAAGGAAAAGCUCUCCUUGACCCUGCCCCCUAAUCAACCCCCCUCCUCCCUUAAAAGGACUCUUGAAAGAGCCAAGCCGCCUCCCACUGGAGUCCUGAUACCAGCAUCUGACCAUUCAAUGGAAGCACAGGACCUGUCUGUCACACUGACUGUUACACAAGCUGGAGUCUGGAGGAAGAGUGGACCAAGCCAGUCGUGAAGCUCGCUGAGGAAUAUUCAAGUACUACUGCAAGAGACUGAGUGUACUGCCACGAGUGAGGAGACAAAAAACAAAAACUCUUAGUGCUGUUUGUAAAAAAAUAGAAAAAGGAGACAUUUUAAAAUGAAAAGAGUGGACCUGUCACAGGCUAACAGAUGACACUUUAAGAUGGAGGACCUGUUUAUUAUCAAAAGACACUUUUAAAACAACCGCUUUUUUGUUCUUUGGUUCUAUAAUAUUCUCACUCAGGUACACGGUGCCAAUAAGUGGCUUGUGAAUGUGAUUUGUUGUUUUUGUGCUACAAGUUUGGAUAAUAAUAGAAAAAAGAAACUUUUCUUUUUUCCCUUUUUGUUGUAAAGCACCUAAAAGAUAUCGGACAUUAUUUUUGGCAAAAAAAAACUUUUUUUUUUUUUCGUUUUUCAGCCUCACUGUGUGCUGUCAGCGAUUCCCCCCUUUUUCUCUCUUUUUUAAACAUUUCUCUUUUCUAUUUUUUUUUUUGUGACGAACGACGGUCCACACAUUUUGGACGCGAUUGAGAGGGAGGAAGGAUUGUUUCUCUGGCAUCACAGAGCAGAAACAAAAGCACUGUGUUCUGAGACAAUCCGCCACGUUUCUCCUCAUCCCGCCUCUUUACCUGGAGCCCCACCCCCACCCGACGAGGGGGCGAAGCGUCCGAACGCCGCCCGGAACCAUCCAACAGCUGGUGUCAGUGUGUGUGUUAGCUUUUGACUGGACGCUUGCACUUCUUCUUUUUAUACGUGCAAAAAGAAGCUUAAAAACUCUGGAAAGAACUUCUUUUGCUGCUGUUGCUGCAACACAAACACACAAGCUGUGUCCUCAAGUGUUUUCUGCUCCUCCAAUCCUGCUGUAUCCCAUCGGGUGGAGCCAAGGUGAAGUCAGCCAGUCAGUGUUUCUGUUUGUAUUUGAGUAUUUUUUAUUAUUAUUAUUUCUCUUCAAACUGCCUCUAGUCUAAUAAUAUUAUUAACAUUAAUUAUAAGAAUGGUCAGCGUUUCCUAAGUUUAGUAAGUUAUGUACAGUAUAAUUUAUUUUUCUUCUCGUCAAUAAAACAUUAUUCUAUUUUAGCUGUUAGGUAUCUAGAUCUGAGGAGUUUUACUUUGUUUUUUUGUUUUUUUAAUGCGUUUGUUUUGUAUUAAUCCUUCGGACGGCGGAGCAGGCGGAUGUCCACCCUCCUCCGAGCUGAACACCUUUUGUCCAAACCAUUGACUGUACAUGAGGACUGGACUGCGUGACUUCCUGUUUCAAACAGGAAGUACCCACUGGUCCCAAAAAGCCAAAAAUCCUAUAGCCUUCGUCUGAGAAAUAAUGAUCUCAAUCAUAUUUGUCAGAAUAACCAUUCUCCUUCUGAUUCCUUUUACUGUUUAUUCAAAAAAGUGGGAGGGGCGUGGCCUUUCCAACAAGCUCGCUCCUGAUUGGCAAGAGUGGUUGCCAUAGAAAUGUUGACUCAGACCGACUCGGACCAAUCACUGCUAACUGACGAUGUUGUGCUCUUAAAUCUGUGUCGUGGAAUGAUGACACUUUAUUGGGACCGCAGGUUGGCCAUUUUUUAUGUAUGACAUCACAGUCACUCGGCCCAGUUCUCACAUACAGUCAGUGGUCCAAGCCCAUUUCUAAGAAGCACUCGGACUCUGUGCAGCCAGAGAAAAAGACUUUUUAUUGCUAUCAUAAUUUAAUUUGUAAUGAUUAUCACCAUGUAUAAUGUGAAGGUUUUCUCUCCUUUUGUGUUUGGUUUCUUCAGAAAGCAGUUGGAAAGCUAGUUGUUUGCCAUGACCAGAGACCCCGUGUGGAAGUUUGGUCACCUCAUGGGGAACACAGUGGAACGUCUUUGGCUUUGAUUCUCUUCAAGAUUAAAAAAAACUUUAUUCAUGUAUUUUAAAUAAUCGCUAUGACAACAAUCAAAUCCUAUGCUGUCCCUGCUUCAAAACCCUUGUACAUAGAUAUUUUCUGUGAUGUCAGACGUUUUUUAAAUGAUAGGAAAGGCAGUGUUUACAGCGAUCUGCCAAAGGGGUUCCACUGUGUCCAUCAGCGAGUGUGUGGGGUCCAGCUCGUUCAAACCCUCAUCAGGAGCCCUUUUCUCGCUUUGUCUCAGCUUCACGUGACACUGCAAGAGCCAUGGUUAUUCUUCAGGUGUGAUGUCACGUAGUGAGUCCCCCGCCAUCUUUUUUUAGAUCUUUAAAGAAGAGCCUCCGGGUCUCGACUGUGCUGUAAAGUCACCCCUCUUAUCAGAACAUUGAUGCUGGAGAGAAAUGGGGGGGUAUCAUGACAACAUAUGAGGCAUUUGAAGAUCAAUCAUCCCUGCUGGCAAGGUCUUUCCCCACAUGGAGACAAUGAAAAUGAUCAUAUUAUUUAAGACAAUCAGUCAUGAGUGGAGCUCAAGAUGAAGUGAGAUUUAUAACAAACAAGAUAUCUGACCAUCUCAGCUUAAAAGAAAAGCAAGAUAAUUAUGUAAAUAUAACAUAGAGUUAUAGAUUUAUAUUUUGUUCAUAACACAGUGUAAUAUAAGUUGUAUAUUUCUUUUUUUCCUCUCCCUACUGUCUCUUUUAUUGAUGUUAUCCAUGCCACAGAAAAAGCUAGAGUUGCAGGACUCGCACAAAAAAAAAUGAAGAAAAAUAUCAAAGAAAUAAAGAAAAAAACAACAAAAAAGGAGCCGUGGGCUGCCAUCACCAUCUGUUCUAAGUUCACUUUUUUCAGUAUUACCGCCAGACAAGGCUCUAAUAAAAACAGCGAUGUGUUCAGUAAAA